UUGCCGGCCCAGGGCUACAAUGGGCUGGCAAGGAAAACAGGGGAGAGCGCUGAGGCUGAGGGGGAACCAACGGCACUGCCCACGCCAGCGGAGCGGGAGGCAGAGGCUCGCUUCGUGAGCACAGCGCCCACGCUGAAGCUCCUCAACCACCACCCGCUGCUGGAGGACCUGCUGCAUGAAGCCUUCCUGAAGAAGGACUACCUGGGCCAGGCACCAUUCUUACCCGCUGGCCCUGGCCCCCUUUUGCCUGCCAGUGCCCUCCAGCCAGACCCCGGACCCCCGGCCCCUGAGCCCCCGCCACGCACCCCUGCCCUGCCCAGAGCUGCCUUCCCCACCGACCCGCUGACCACCCCGGCAGGGCGCCCAGGGCCAUGGGGGGAGGCAUGGGGGGCCAUGCCAGGUGCCGACCCCUCGUGGUCCCCCACUGGGGUGUUGGAGUCAGGCCCCGCGUCCCCCAGCCAGGCACCCACCACCGCUGGCACGUCCCUGGAACCCCACACCGGGGCUGCCGUGUUCCCUGGGGAUGAGGAGGGGACCACCACCACCUCCACCAUCACCACCACCACUGUCACCACGCUGCAGGGGCCAGUCCCCUGCAACCGGACACUAGCGGGCCCUGAGGGCUGGCUGGUGUCCCCGGAACCAGCUGGGGUCCCCUAUGAUGGCAGCCUGGACUGCACCUACACCGUCUCUGUCUACCCUGGCUACGGCGUGGAGCUCAAGGUCCAGAACAUCAGCCUGGCAGACGGGGAGACACUGAUGGUGGAGAGCACAGGGGGCCUGGAGCCCACCCUCCUGGCCAACGAGUCCUUCCUGCUGCGGGGCCAGGUCAUCCGCAGCCCCGCCAACCUCCUCACCCUCCGCUUCCAGAGCCCCCGGCCCCCCAGCCCUGGCUCCUACUGCUUCCACUACCAAGGUAUGGGGCAGUGUCCACCGCUGGCACGGACCCCCUGGUACCCCCUCGAGGGCUCCCUUGCCAGCAUGGUGGUAAUUUGGAGCGUGGCGAUGCACGGCAGAGUUUAUCUGUGCCACUGGCAGGUUAAGCGGGCACCGACCCGGGGAAGAAUGCUAAUGGAGAGCUAA